AUGGGAAGAAAAGAAAUACAAAAGAUCAAGGAUAUGCACGGCAACAUAGUAACACACAAACAGGAAAUCCUACACUCUAUUAAACUUUUCUAUCAAGAACUUUACACAUCAAAACCGCAGGGGAUCAAAACCGACAUCCGAAAGGUAAUAAAUCAGGGGUCGAAAGAAAUUCCAGAAAUAACCGAGGAAGAAAUUAUCAGUGCCCUUAGAGAUAUGAAAAACAAAAGAGCUGCCGGCGACGAUGGAUUGGUAAUAGAGUCAAUCCAAGAAGGAGGACCAGAAAUUAUCAAAGCUUUAAAUGUCCUAUUUAAUAAAUGCAUUGAAGAAGAAAUAACCCCAUCACAGUGGAACAACGCAACCAUCAUUAUUGUACACAAGAAAGAAUAUGGAAAAAAAUUUGACAGUGUGUUGCACCAAAAACUUGCCGAGAUUCUUAGAAUCACCGGUGUGGACGACGGGAACCUGCUCAUUAUUACCCAGUUAUAUUGGAACCAGACUGCAGAGAUCAGGGUGGAUGGCGGAACAUCUGAUGAAGUAGAAAUUAGGAAGGGUAUCAGGCAGGGAGUGUAUUAUCCCCACUCCACAUCUGCUCCGAGGCGGUAUUCCGUGAGAGCGUUAAGGAUGGUAUCAAAAUCUAUAGUACCUCAAUUAACAAUAUUCGCUUCGCAGAUGAUACGGUCGUACUGGCUGGCAACAUUCUACACCUUCAGAACAUGUUGGACUGCAUCGGUCAACAUGCAGUACGGAUUACACAUCAAUGUUAACAGAACCAAACUUGUAUUUUCCAAAACACCGGGAAAGAAUGUCCUCAGAAUUAACAACAAGGUGCUAGAACACGUAUCGUCCAUAAAAUAUCUAGGAGCCCUCGUUAACGACGCUUGCGACCCCAAAACUGAAAUUUUGGCGAAGAUCGAACAGGCUUACUUUUGCUUCCAUAAAAACCUUUUCCAGCCUCGAGAGAUCUAA